CUGUGUUGGAGGCUCUGAGCGCUUUGACUCCUGGAGACUAGCUGGGCACGUGGAGAGGCUGGUGGACCGCGCGACCUCGCUCUCCCCAACCCCAUGUUCGAGGAGCCGGAGUGGGCCGAGGAGGCCCCAGUAGUCGCGGACCUCGGGUCUGUAGCCUUACGGCCUCGGACCACGGCCGACUCGCAAAUCAAGGGCUCCAAGCACCGCCAGCUCUUGGCCACAUUACGGGCCCUGGAGGCAGCAUCUCUUCCCCAGCAGCCCCCCAGUCUGCCUGGCAGUGACGAGGAGGACGAGGAGGAGGUGGUGCAAAGAAAGAAGAAACGCCCAAAAAAGGUCUUGUUUGCCAGCACUUCUCCUGAAGUAAAGAAGAAAAGGAAGAAGAAACGUCAAAAACAGGGCCCACCUAGCAGUGGCUCCAAGGAAGGGGAAGUGGAAAGGAAGAAGUGCCACAAAGGGGCUCUUCUUGGCAAUGACUUUGCUGCAGAAGAGAAAAGAAAGAGGAAAUGCCAGAAACAGGACCCUUCAAAUCCUGCCCAGCCCCUGGACAAUGUUGACCAAACUGGUUCCAAAGCUUGGAAUUCAAGUGCUGCAAAUGACUCCACCAAGCCAAGCCCUGAGACCCCUUGCUCUAAUCCUCCGCACACCUUGAGUCGCAAGCAGUGGCGGAACCGGCAGAAGAACAAGCGUAGACAGAAGAACAAGUUUCGGCUUCCUGGGGCGCCAGAGCAGGCCCCAGCCACAGCCGCCACAGAGGAGACAGAGGUGCCUCCUGCCCCCAGUCCAGACAGCCAUGGAGCCCGGGCGGAGGCUCUGCGAGCCCGCAUGGCCCAGCGGCUGGAUGGUGCCCGGUUCCGCUACCUCAAUGAACAGCUGUACUCAGGGCCCAGCAGUGCUGCGCAGCGCCUCUUCCAGGAAGACCCUGAGGCCUUUCUCCUCUACCACCGUGGCUUCCAGAGCCAAGUCAAGAAGUGGCCACUGCAGCCAGUGGACCGCAUUGCCAGGGAUCUUCACCAGCGGCCUGCGUCCCUGGUGGUGGCUGACUUUGGCUGUGGGGACUGCCGCCUGGCUUCAAGUAUCCGGAACCCUGUGCACUGCUUCGACUUGGCCUCUCUGGACCCCCGGGUCACUGUGUGUGACAUGGCCCAGGUGCCUCUGGAGGAUGAAUCUGUAGACGUGGCUGUGUUCUGCCUUUCACUGAUGGGAACCAACAUCAGAGACUUCCUAGAGGAGGCAAAUCGAGUGCUGAAGCCAGGGGGUCUCUUGAAAGUGGCUGAGGUCAGCAGCCGCUUUGAAGAUGUUCGGACCUUUCUGGGGGCUGUCACCAAACUGGGCUUCAAGGUCAUCUCCAAGGACCUGACCAACAGCCACUUCUUCUUGUUUGACUUUCAAAAGACUGGGCCUCCUCGGGUCGGCCCCAAGGCUCAGCUCUCAGGCCUGAAGCUCCAGCCUUGUCUCUACAAGCGCAGGAGAGGGAAGUGUCAGCUGGUCUUGAGUCCUGUCCGGUAGGACCAUUUGAAGAGGCAAGGAGACCUUAGCACAAAGAAGCUAGGAGUGUGCCAUGUGGGCUGAAGAGGGAGUCUCAGGAAACCACCCAGAAUAAAGCUGCAUCCACCAAGGUAAACGGGACUGCAGAAAAGGGACAGCAUGAUGCUCCCUUUAAAUAUCUAGCAGGCCCGUGGGGCACAGAAACACCCAGUCAAGCAAGCACUGUUUUAUCCUCUUCCUCUCUGCAGCUGGGCCCAGAGCAGUCAGCAGCUCUUAGGUGGAGAGGAGGUGAGAAGAGCAGAGAGCAUCCAGACCAUUCCUCCCUUCCCCAGUGCAGGCUCCUUGACUUAAGUGGGACAGAGCUGGGAGGCGAAAAUAGGUAAAGCUACAAUAGGUGCAGAUUAAUUAUUGUAACGUAGGAUUAGACAUUGCAAUUAUCUGAGACUGGUUUUGUAUCUUAAACUGAUUCUAAGACAUCUAUGAACUAAGAAUGAGCUGAAAAGUCACAGGCUUGCUGCAGCUUUUCUGUAAAUGAAAAAGGGUUGGAGGCGUGGUGAGAGACGAGAAUAAAGUUGGGUUUGGCUAGCAGUCUGUGCUUAUGCUUCCUCAGCAUCCCUUUUAGAGGCUUAUUGCCCCUGCAGUCAUUGGGGUGCUCCAGCUUUUGUUCCUGUAACACUGUUCUAAGGGAGCACAGUUCCCAAAGAAGCAACGUGGUCUUGGCAGAGACACAGCUCGGCUCCAGUCACUCAACCACUUACGUAAUUUCACGAAGCCCUUUACAGAUUCUCACAGAGACCUCUAAUUACGUUGUCCUCCAUCCCUGGUGACCUCCCAGGCUGUCCACCUGGUUCUAGGACAUUCGACUACUGCAGUAACCACCUUACGGGUCCAGUUGCUUGCACUCCUGUCCCCAGAGCAGUUCAUUUUCCACUCAGCCAAGUGAGCUUUUUAAAAUGUAAGUCAGAUAUGUCACUUCUCUGCUGAAAAUCCUUCAGUGGAUUCACAGUGCUCUGAGAACAAAAGGCAAACUCCUUCCCAGGCCCUGUGUGAUCUUGCCCAGGCCUCCCUCUCCAGCUGCACCUUAACCCACUGUUCCUACACGAAACUGCAGCCACACAGGCUUUCUUUCCAUUCCUCAAGUGUUCCAAGCCAUUUCUACUUCUGGGUCGUUACAUUUGCCACUCCAUGUUCUCAGGAUACUUUUCCCUGGUGAGUUCAUUUUCAUCUUCCAGAUCUUCACACCAGCAUCACCUUUUCUUCUGUGGAAAAACCGGGCUAGAUGCUCACCAAAAUGUCCUUUUCCUGGACACACAGUUAAAUUACAUUUCCCAGCGCCUUGCAUCAAGGUGGGGCUGUGGACAUCGUCCUCCCCAGUGGAAAGGGAGCAGAAGUGACGUUUCACUACCAGACCAAGACAGUUCAAGAGUGGACGAGCCUCCUCCGUGUUCUCCACCCCCUCCUCUGCCUUCCAGGGUGACCUUGAAGCACGUGUUUUGAAGAUGGAGUCAGAGCAUAGAAGGAGUCUGGAUAUUUAAGUCCCUGCUUAGAGGAGAACUGCUUGAUCGAGAAUAUCCACACUUCUUUGAACAAGGAGUAACCUCUGUUGCAUUAGUGUUUAGCAUGAUAUGCCCUGGCUAAUAUAGCUUCUCUGGCCACCCUGUCCACCUUGUCUUGAUCACAGAACCCUUUCUGUUUCCUUCAGGGUGCUUCAGACAUUUAAUUAGCUUACCAGAUGCCGGUCAACACUUCCCCAGUCCUAUGAAUUAGGCUCCUAACUGGGGAAAAAUAUGCUCACAUGAGGAAGUUGAGAUACUGAUUUUAUCAGUUUAUCAGUUACAUUUUGAUUGUGACAAAAGCAACAACAAAAAAAGGAAAUCCCCCUAAAGAAUAUCUUAAACAAAUUAGAUUUUUCUUCUUGUAAAACUAGAAACCUGAUGGUUGGUGGUUGUUGGCAUUGGUUCAGGAAUUCAAGGAUGUUAGCAGUUAGGUCUGUGUGACUCUCUUGAUCCUCAUGGUCACAAGAUGAUGUGUUUUGAUUAAGCAGAGACACCCUACUUACUAUUACCCUUCUCAGGAGUCUCACAGGUAGCCACAGCCCCUAUCAUUUUGGCCUUACUUCAAGGGUCCUUCCACAUUGUUAGUAUUCUGGUGUAAAUAUGUUCCAUUUAUUCCCUAUAACAUGGCUGAGACCAAUCUGAAAUAUUACUAUUUUAAAUAUAUUUGUCCCCCCCGCCCCUUCCCACAUCUCAGUGGCCUGUCAGCAACUCAUCCAAUUCAAAGCUGUUCUCCCUCCAGCUCAGUGGGGUGGGGAAACCUUCAUGGUCUGUUUAUUUCACUCAUUCUCUACCUCCUCUAUCACUUUUAGGACUGGGAUGGGGGAAGGCAUGUUAGAGGCACAAAGGCUAAACUUUGAUUUAGUUUAGCUUCAUCAGUGUGUUCUACUAAGACAGGCAUUUAAAUGUUGGCUCAGUGUGUGAGGCUCUCUGGAGUCCCGCCAUGGCACUUGCACACUAACUGGUUUUGGUUCCCUCCUUACAAUACUCAGCCCACACUCCCCCUCGGCUCUUCAGCUCCCGACACUGACAGCGUAUGCACAGCGUCCUAGUGCUGAAGUCCCUCACCCUGGCGGGCAGCCCUCCUGGGAGAGGUUCCAACAAAUACCUUAGGAGUGGUUACCAUUUUGGGAGCUCCCGGGAAACUCAUGCAUGUUUGUCCUGCCAAACAGCAGCAGUGCAGCCCCGCCAGCCCCUGACUCCCCUUGCCCUGUCCCAGCUAGCCUGACUCUGACCUCUCCAUCUCUCUCUCUCUGGCUCCAAACCCUCACAAGUGACUCAGGUUACUUUCUCCCAAGAAGCCUCUGCCCCAGGCUCCACCCCAGUGGCCAUAUGGAGCCGGGUCUAUAAGUUUCUGAGUGUAGCAAGCCUCUUGCUAGAGAAUGUAAUGCUGAAUGAAUAUAAGGUCUCUCCCUCUCCUGGGAACAUGAAAUGACUAUAAGUGGUUGUGCUGGAGCCCUCCUCGCUUGAUUUAGGAUGGAGGGGACAGCGCUGCUUCUUUAACCUUUCAGGGAGAAGUUCUCUCUAUUCCUAAAAAUUCCCGUCAGUGAAGCUUGCAUUUCUAACUUCACGUACAAUAGGAAGGUUGGUGGGCCUGGAUCAGCUUUAUUACCUUAGAGUAAAUUCUGUGUAGGUGUAUCUAGCACCCUUAUUUAACAUCUUCUUACUUGUGCAAGUGUUCUUGUAAAAUGUGAAUUGUUCUCAUGCAUGUGCUUUAUUUAUAGAGUAUUGUCAACAAAUCUUGUCUUCUUUUUUUCCAUCACUCAACUGUGUUUUUAAUAUCCAUCUAUGUUAUCAAUCAGGGCCCACUCAGGGAAAUAGAAACCGUACUAAGUGUUUCAAAUAGAGGGCAUUUAAUGCAGAGAAUUGAUUACAAGUGAUAGAGGCUGAGACAAAAGAAGAUGCUUGAUGUAAUUAAAAAUUAAGAACUGGAGAAAUCAGAUAAUGUCCUAAGGCCUGGGAAAACAAAAGGGAAGAAGGGAAAUAAUUACCAGGAACUAGGAGCUCAGAAAAGGGGCCACUUUUAACUGGUCAGUACUCAGAUCUUUAUGGGGAGGCUCCCUCCACAUACCUGGUGCUUGGACUUCUGAGGAAGGAAAUGGCUUUGAGGGUGAGGGAGCAAGGUCUGACUGUUCUCUGACUGCCAAGGGGGGAGCUGAUCUGCUGCUGGUGUCUCAGAAGUGUAGCAAAGCUGCUGCUGAGUGCAAAAGAAGCUAGUAGCCAGAGACAACUGUCUGCAGCUGAAAUACUGUGACAGCAACCGGAAAACAGGAAUGAAGACUCUCCCCCCAUGUUUCAUUUUCAGUUUCCCUCUAUGGCAUCCUUUGGCAGAACCUAAUGGAACCACCUGCCAGUGGAUUCUGGGAAAUACACUCUGCAGAGUCACAGCUGCAACAACACAACUCCAGAGUGUGUGUACGUGGGGGCUGAGAGGGAGGUGUGCUGCAGAGGGAGAUAUGGAGAGUGUAGGAGCCAAAAGAAAAUAGGUAAAUAGUCAGUAUAUUCCACGUAGCUGCUCAUACAUCUAGAUUGUUGCUUCUGUCAGCUGUGAAGUACUUCAUAAUAUGCAUCCACCGUAGUAAACUUAUAUAUUGGCCUGGUUGCCUCAAAUUCUUUGCCAUCUGGAGAAAUUAAAAUCCUUGCAGCUAGGGUUCUGAGUACAAAAUAAGUGCCCCCGACUGGAUGCACUCAUUUGAGAUUUGGGAGGUAAGGGUCAUCUUCCUGCCGCUUGGCUGUUACUGCUGGAGGCAGGUGUAAGCGCUGGGCUUUCUGCAGCAGCGUCCCGCCGAAGCCAGGGACAGAAUAGGGUGCCUGCUGUAAGGGCGAAAGUUCAGCAUAUUCUGGAAGUUCAGUAGGUAAAAUAAAUCUGCUCUGUACAAAUUUGGCUUCAAUAAGAUGGUUAAGAAGAAAAAUUAUUGGAAGGGUGUCAAUAAGUUACUCAGAGAACUAAUGGAAAUUCCAGGGAGUGAGGCUUAGAGAACAGACAGGAGCCAAGGGAGGAUGAACAGGUGCAAAACCUAAGGUCAACUUUAGUCAGUCUGGUUAGGAUGGCACUGCUGUCACCAUUGCUACUUGACUUUACUCUCACUGUUUUGGGUACAUAGAUUGAUGCUGAGAAUUGAGAUAAUCCUCCUCUAUGUUCAUGGCGCUAUAUUAGGACCGGCUCAGAAAGGCCCCUCUCCUGUUCUUUAUUUUGUUUGUUUACUUUAUUCCUGAUUCAUACUUCUGCUCCUCUUGUACCCCACAAUGUGUUUGUUGUGUGCCCCUGGACACUUGUGUAUCUUUGGCAAAGUAGAUGGUGGUUUUGGUAUAUGCAUGCUGUGGCAGAGACUUGCCAGCUGUUCCUCGCACCCAUUUUCUUCUUCCUGGGAAAUUAGCUGUAUUCUUUCCCAGCUUCCCUUAUUCUUAAGUCGGGCCAUGUGAUUGAAUCUAGCCAAUUGGAUGGUAGUGGAACUAAGGUGUGCUACUUCUGUGACUUGGGCCCUUAAAUUUUCCUAUGCACAGUCCCCCAUGUUAUUUCCACUUUGGCCUUUGAGCAUAUGACCUUGAAAGCUACACGUUGAAGAUGACGGAGCCAAAAGGUGGAAGGAGCCUGAACAUCACUUAGAGGAGAGCCACCCACCAAUUAAGAACAUCUGUUUUGGAUUUCACGUGAGUGAAAAAGAAAUCUCUAUCUUUUUGAGCCAUUAUACCCUUGGUUUGUUGUUACAGCGACUAGUAAUCUUUUUUUUAAAUCCCUUUUAAUUGAACACAUCAGAAAAGUAAACAAAACACACACCUGUACAGAAAAGUAAACAAAAAUGUUAAGCCUAAUGGUUUAUCACAAGGCCGGUACCUGUGUACGCGCCACCUAGACUAAGAAACAGAAGGCUGUCAACACGCAGAAGCCUCUUUUAUGUCACCUCCCAACUUUCUUCUCUUGACUUUGCAAAGUUACCACCAUCCUAACUUUCAUGACAUUGAUUUCCUCGCUUCUCUUGAUAGUCUUACCAGUUGAGCAUCCAUACCUAAAUUGUAUAUAUUUCCAUGUGUCUGGCUUCUUCCCAUCCCAUGGAUGGGAUUCAUCCAUGUGUUGAGUGCAGCUGAAUUUCAUUCAUUUUUAUUUCUGUAGAAAUAUAUCCCAUUCUGUGAAGAAACCACAGUUUAUUGAUUGAUUCAACUGUUGAUGUACAUUUGAGUUAUAUAUCAAUCAGAAUGGGCUGGAUCAUGCUACAGGAAACAAAAACCCAAAAUAUUAAUGGCUUAACCCCACAAAAGAUAAUUUUUUACUAUUGCUGUAGGUUGGCAGGGACUCUGUUCGUAGUCACUAAGGUACUCAAGCUAAUGAAACUCCAUUGCAGUACAUGCUUCCGUAAUCACUAGGCGAGAAAAGGGAACGAGACAGAUCACACCCCGGCACCAAAAGCUUCACUCUGGAAGCGACACAUGUCCUCUUUGCCCCGUUUAAUUAGCCAAAACAAGUCUCAUUGCCAUAUAUACCUCCCGUACGAGCCUACCGUGUACCCGGAAGGAAGAGAAACAGAAUGUGAACUGCCUAAUGAUUAGUUUGUGGUUCCUACAAACAAUGCUGCUGUGAACAAUCUUGCAAGUGCCUCUUGUGCAUGUGCACAUGCUUCCUUUGGGAAUAUAACUAGGAGAAAACUGGUCAUAAAGUAUGUAUAUCCUCAACUUUAAUAGUUAAUGCCAGACUGUUUACAGAUUUUUCAAUUUAUACUCCCUUCACCAGGGAAAUGAGUGUUCACUUAAUCCACGUGAGAAUUCACUUUAUUCCAUAUCUUUGCUAUCUUGUGGCAUUGUCCCCCAGUUCCAGUAUAUGUGUUAUGUUAUGUCCUUUGGUUUAACUUUUCAUUUCCCUAAUUACUAAUGGGAUUGACCUUUUCAUAUACUGACUGCUUGAAAAUUCUUUUCAUAUACUGACUGCUUGAAAAUCCUCUUCGAUCAAGUGCCUGUUGAAGUCUCUUGCCCAUUUUUUCUAAUGGAUUGUCUUUGUUGAUUUUGUAUUUUACACACACACACACACACACACACACACACACACACCAUAAUCCCUUCUGGUUAUAUGUACUGCAUGUAUCUUCUCCCAUUCUGUGGUUUCCUUUUUCACUCUCUUAAUGGGUGUUUAUUGAUGAACAGAAGUUUAAUGUAGCCUGGUUUAUCGAUUGUUCAUGGUUAAUGCUAUGUGUGCCUAUUUAAAGAAUCAUUCCUACCCCAAAAUGAUGAAGAUAUCUUACUAACUUAUCUUCUGGAUGUGUUAGUAUUUUGCUUUUCAUAGUUCUACAACCCAUGUGCAACUGAUUUUUCUGUGUGGUUAGAAUAGGAGCCAAGUUGAAUUUUAUUUCCAUCUAGAUACCCAAUUAAUACAAAACUGUUCAUUGAAAAAAAAUUUUUCCUGUUACUCUCUACCUUUCCAUAUUUUUCUGUUAAGUGCGAGUUUGUUUCUGGGCACCCUAAUCCAUUCCUUGGUCUGUACGUCUGUCUUCACAGCAGUACCUCACUGUUUUAACUACAGUAGCUUUCUAAUAAGUCUUAGUAUGUGGUACAGCAAGUCCCACACGUUUUUCAUCUCCAGAAGGACUAUUGUUGGACCUUUGCAUUUCCAUGAUUGUCACGUUCCCUGAACACCCUGAUGGGAUUUUCUUACGCAGGCUCAGUUUGGUGCGAACUGAUCCAUUUGUAAUACUGAGGCUUCCAAAUCUGUGGUCUGUGUGCGCCAUUUCAUUAAUUGCUGUCAAUAAUGGUUUAUAGAUUUAUGUGCAAAGUUCUUCUUGCACAUCUUUUGUUAUAUUUAUUCCUAGGCAUUUACUGUUGCUUUUUUAAACGUCUUGCAAAUGGGAUCUUUAGAAAUUUCAUUUUCUCCUUGCUUUUAUACAGAAAUAUAACCAAUUUUUGUGUGUUGACCAUGGAGCAGCACCCUUGCUAAAUAACCUCACUUACUAACUAAUAAUUUAUCUGUAUUCUUUUAUGUUCUACAUAUAUGAUACUCAUAUCGUCUCUGAACAUCAUAUCAGUUUAUUUCACCCUUUCUAAUUCUAUGGCAUUUAUUCUUAUCCAUGCUAUACUCCACUGGCCAGGAGAUCCAUCACUAUGUUCAAGAAGAGUGAUGUUGGUGGAAGUCUGAAUCACUAUCAGACUUGAAGGAAAAGCUUUCAGUAUUUUGUCAUUGAGUGUGGUAUUUGAAGUGAGAUUCUGAUUAAUGGUUGUCAGAUCAGUAAUGUGCUCUACUUGCUAUUACUUGUAUCAUGAAUUGGAUUUUGAAUUUUGUCAAAUGCUGCUUCUGAAUUGAGAUGAUCAUAUAUUUUUUAAAAUUCUGUCAGUGUAGCAAGUAAAAGAUUUAUUUCCUUAUGUGAAAUCAACCUUGAGUUUUUGGAAUAAAAUUAGCUUAGUUGAUUAUAUCUUUUUUAUAUAUUGAUGAAAUCAGUUUAAUAAUACUUUGUAUAGGACUUUUUAAUCUGUGCUCAUGAGUGAACAUAAGUGAUAUCUUCCUAUAAAUCUUCCUUUUCCCACUCAACACAGUGCUUUUAAGUUCUCUUCGUGUUGCUAUAUGUACCUAUAACUCACUUUAACCUCUUCUUCACAUGCUCUAAUGGCUUCCCAUCUCAUUCAUAAUAUAGCCCAGAGUUCUUACUAUAACCGAAAAGCCCCUUGUAUCAUCUGGAUUCCAAUUAUCUCUCUAACACUCGCCCCCUUCAUACACACCUUUUCAGCCAUACUGUCUACUUUGCUAAUUAUUGAAUAUUCUAGGCAUGCCCCUGCCUCAGGGCCAUUGUACUAUUUCAUCUACCUGGAAUAUACUUUCACAGUUAUCUUUAUGGCCUACUUCCACACUAUAUUUGGAUCUCUGUCCAAAUGUCAAUCUAUCAGGUAAUCCCUCUCUCUAGCCAAUACUUUUUUUUUAACUUUUUUUUUUUAAGCCAAUACUUUCUACUGCCUUACCAUGCUUAGUGUUUCUUCAAGGGACUAAUCACCACCUUUUAAAUUACAUAUUUAUUUGUUUAUAUAGUUAUUAUGUAUUUCCCCACACUAGAAUGUAAAUUCCAAGAGAGUAGGGACUUAUCUGUUUUAUUUAAUACUGUAUCCCUGGGAUCUAGUACAUACUUGCAUCUGACAUCUGUUUAGUGUUCCAACAUGUAUGUGUUUAGAACAUUUAACAUAACCAUUCCUCUAAAGACAUUUAGAUUAUCCAAAUCCUUGUGACUACAAAAAAAUGGGGGAAGGAUUUUCUUAUAAAUGUUCUCUUAAAUGUAUACAGUGUAUAUAUGAGUCUUGGUUCCAGAUUUCGAGUUACUUUGUUAGGCCAGUUAUGCCACAAUUAACAACUAUAAAAUCUGAGCAAAAUACAAACAAAAAACAAUAUUUGAAGGCCCUGGAAAGUGAACAAAAGCAGGCAGAAAGCAGAGGAGAAUUUACCCAUGAAAGACUUUAGCUGCAGUGGGUAAGAAUUGUGAUUUUUGUGGUCUUUCUGUCUGAAGGUUUUCCUUCCCCACCCCAUUUUCCAGCCCCACCCUAUCCCCCAGUUCCAAACGCAGAAAACCACAGCCUUACUCACUCAAAACAGCAGAGGACAGAGUUCAAGGCUGGUAAAAAUGCUGGAAAUUUAAGAGCAGAAAUCCUGGAAGAGAGAGUGGUAUAAGGGGUGAAACCAAAAUUUGGACAAACUCAACCCAAAUCUUUGGAUGACUACUAAAUUACACAUGCAAAGGGGAGACUCAGUCGGACCUAGCAAAAAUAGCUGGCAGAAUCCAGUGUGGAGUCUAUCUUCGAAUGACAGAAAUGCACUGGAGUGAGAUAUGCAAAUUUGCUGCUUUUUUUGCCUGAAUACAUUUCCUCAAUUCAUGUCCAGCUUGGGUGGCAGCUGAAGUGUCAGAAGACAGGGUUUGGCAGUGGAGAGCAGCUGGAAAUUUAAACGGAAAAUCCCAGAAGCAAAAGCACUAUAGAGGAGAUGAACCCCCAAAAUCUGUCCAAGUCUUUGGCCAGUGACUAACCUAUGUAAAUGCAAGUGAGAUGCUCUGAGGCUAGGCUAAAAAAGCAGCUGCUAGAAGCCAAAAGAACUAAGUAGAUAUGUCAACUGUUGUAUGCACAACAUAGGAAAUAUAAAAUUUGCAUUUUGAGGCCCCCCAUCCCAAAAUUCCUUCAUAACAACACCAACAACAAAUCUUCAGAACAUAACAGAAUGAAAAUUUCCAUUUGGUUCUUUCUUGUAGUUUCUGUUUCUACACCAUAUUAUUCACAAUAUCCAGUUUUCAACCAAAAUUAUGAGACAUGCAAAUAAAUAGGAAAUUAUAGCCCUAUUAUAAUUAUAAAAAUAUGAAAUUAUAAACAGUAAUUUAUACUCAAGGGAAAAGACACUUAAUAGAAACUGACUCUAGUGGGCUCAGAUAUUGGAUUUAGUUGUCACAGAGUUCAAAGUAGCUGUUAUUAAUGUGUCCAAAUAAUGAAAUGAAAAUAUGGAUAAGAAAUUCAAGGAAAAUAUGGCCUCAACGAAUAUACAGAUGGAAAACCUUGCCAGAACAUAGAAACUACAAGAAAGAAUGAAAUGGAAAUUCUAGAACAGAAAAAUAUAAAUAACUAAAGGGAAAAAAAAAAGGAUAAUACGAAGUACUUGAUUUGUACAACAGAGAAAAUAGGCUGAAAAAAUUGACGGGGCCUGUGGGAUUAUAACAAAAGAUCUGACAUUGUGUCAUUGAAGUCCCAGAAGAAGAUGAGAAGGAGGAUUUAGCUGAGAAAGCACUUGAUGAAAAAUGUCCAGAAACUUCCCGAGUUUGGUAAGAAAUCCAUAUGGAUUCAAGAAGCAAGUGAACCCCAAACAGAAUAAACAUGAAGAAAUCCAUUUAAAACAUAUAUAAUUAAACUUAUGAAAACUAAAUAAAAAGAAAAAAUUUGAAACAACUAAAGAAAAAUGACACCUUACCUAAAGGGGAAAAACAAUUUGAAUGACAGCAGAGUUCUUAUCAGGAACCAUGGAAGCUAUAGAGGAGUGGCACAAUUUUUCUCAGAUUUUGAAAUAAAAGAACUGUUAACACAGAAACUUAUACCCAGUGAAAAUAAAAUAUCCUUUAGGAGUGAAGGGGAAAUUUGGAUAUUCUCAGAUGAAGGGAAACUGGGGGAAUUUGUCACCAGCAGACCUACCCUAAAAGAAUGGCUAAAAGAAGUUCUCCAAAUAGAAAGGGAAUGAUAAAAGAAGUCUUAGAACAUCAGGAAGGAUGAAAGAGCACAAAUAUAUGUGUAAACAAACAUGUGUGCAUGUACAGCUAGCUUUCCUUCUCUUGAGUUCUCUGAAUUGUGUUUGAUGGUUGAAGCAAAGUUUAUAACAUUGAUGUGGUUCUAAAUGUAUUAAGACAAUUACAUUACAAACAGGGAAGGAUAAAGGGAAGUAAGGUUUCAGUACUUCACUUGAACAAGAUGACAACACCAGUAAACCAUGUUAAGUAAUGUAUAUAUAAUGUAAUACAUAAAACAACUACUAAAAAGCUAUAUAAAGAUAUAAACUCAAAAACACUAUAGAUAACUCAAAAUGGAGUUCUAAAAAAUAUGCAGUUAACUCACAGAAAGCAGAAAAAAGAAAACAGACAAAAGUCAGAGAGUAAACAGAAAAACAAAAAGCAGAUUUACUCCCUAGCAUAUCAAUAAUUAUAUGUUAAUGAACUGAAUACACCAAUUAAACAACAAAGAUGGGCAGAGUGAUUUGAAAAAAAAAGACCAAAAUAUAUGUUGUCUACAAGAAGCUCACUUUAAAUAUAACAAUAUAGGCAAAUUGAAAGUAAGAGGAAGAAAAAGAUAUAUCAUGCAAACAUUAUUUAAAAGGAACCUGGAGUGGCUAUAUUGAUAUCAGAUAAAGUAGACCUCAGAGGAAAAGAUUUUGACAGAGAGUGAAAGGGACAUUAUAUAAUAAUAAAUGGGUCAAUGCAGCAAGAAAGCAUAGCAAUCCUAAAUGUGUACACACCAAACAACAGUGUGCAAAGUACAUGAAGUAGAUCUGAUAUAACUGAAAGGAGAAAUAGACAAAUCCAAACUUGCAGUUGGAGACUCUCAACAAUUGGUAAAACAACUAGACAGAAAAACAACAAGUACACAGAAGAACUCAACAACACCUUCAACCAGUAGGCUCUAACUGACAUUUAUAGAAUACUCCACCAACAAAUCAUUUUCAAGUACCCAUGUAACAUAUCAUUAAGAUAGGCCACAUCUUGGGCUAUAAAAUAAAUUUCAACAAAUUUUAAGAUUUGAAAUCAUAUAGAGUAUGUUCUCUGACCACAAAAAAAUCAAGCUAGAAAUUAGUAACAGGAAAAUUUCCAAACAUUCAGAAACUAAACAAUACACUUCUAAAUAAUCUAUAGGUCAAAGCGGAAGUCACAAGGGAAAUAUAAAAAUACAUUGAAUGUAAUGAAAAUAGAACAUAUCAAAAUUUGUGAGGCAUAGCUAAAGCAAUGCUGAGAGGAAAAUGUAUAGCACUAAAUGUAUACAUUGGGAAAGAGAUAGCCUUAAAUGAAUGUAAUGAAAGUUCCCACCUCAGUCUAGGGGAAAAAUGGGGGGAAAUAAAUCCAAAGCAAACAGAAGGAAGGAAAUAAUAAAGGUAAGAGCAGAAUUUCAUGAAAUUGAAAACAACCAACCAACCUGAAUAGAACAAAUCAAUGAAACAAAGAGCUGUUUCUUUGAAAAGAUCAAUAAAAUUACAAACUUCUAGCAAGACUAACAGAAACGACACAAAUUAUCAGUAUCAGGAAUGAAACAACAAAUAACACUACAGACUGUGCAGACAAAUAUAAAGGAAUACUGCAACUCUGGACCUAUAUUUGACAACUUAGUUGAUAUGGAACAAUUUCCCCCCCAAAAAAGACACCAAAAUAUUACAAUUCAUGCAAUAUGAAAUAAAUAACCCUGUAACUAUUAAGGAAAUUAAACUUGUAACUUUAAAACUCCCAAGAAAAAAGUCUCCAGGACUUCUGUGCUAAAAACUACAACACUGAUGAAAGAAAUCAAAGAUGUAAAUAAAUGGAGAGACAUGCCAUGUUCUUGGAUUGCAAAACUUAGUAAAGACAUCAGUUGUGUACCCACGUGGGUACGGAGGUUUAAAGACAAUUCCUGUCAAAAUCCCAGCAUGACUUUUUGUAGACACAGGUAAGAUUACAGUAGUCCCCCUACACACGAACCUUCAAGUUUUGAACUUUCAAAGAUGCAAACAUGCGUUCAGAUGUCCAGUCACGUAAGUUAGUUCACAUGUCUGGCGUACAUAGUCACAUGCAGCUUGCCCUCCGUUUUCUAUUGCUGACGGUCCUUCAGCUCUACCAUCUCCCACCUCCUCUCCCUCCUCCAGUCAGUAACUCUUCUUGCCUGUUCACUCGAUGCCAGCCCCUGUAUGCCACCUGUUGUACAGUACUACUGUAUUUUCAAGGUACUGUACUGUAAGAUGAAAAAUGUUUUCUUUAUUUUUUGUGUUUGUUUUUUAUAUAUUAUUUGUGUGAAAAGUAUUAGAAGCCUAUUACAGUGCAGUACUGUAUAGCUGAUUGUGUUAGUUGGUACCUAGGCUAACUUCGUUGGACUUACGAACAAGUUGGACUUAUGAACGUGAUCUCAGAACGGAACUCAUUCGUAUGUAGGAGACUUACUGUAUUCUAAAAUUUGUAUGGAAAGGCGAAGGAACUAGAAUAAAUAGACAGUUUUGAAAAAGAAGAAUAAAGUAGGAGGAAUCAGUUUACCGAAUUUCAAGGCUUAACUACAUAGCUACAGUAAUCAAGACUGUGUGGUAUUGAUGGAGGGGAGGGUAGAUACAUAAAUCAAUAGAACAGAGAACCCAGAAACAGACCCAUACAACCAUGCCCAGCUGAUUUUUGACAAAGGUGCAGGCACAAUUCAAUGGGGGAAAAGUAGCCUUUUCAUCAAGUAGAGCUGGAGAACUUGGACAUCCAUAGGCAAAAAUAAAUGCAUACAGAAAUACAUAAGUUUUAAUCUAUCUGUCUUGACCUAGUCGCACACCUUGUACAAAAACUACCUCAAAAUGGAUCGUGGACUUAAGUGUAGAAUAUAAAACGAUAAAACCCUUAGAAAAGAGACACAGGAGAAAAUCUUUGAUAUCUAAGGUGAGGCAGAGUUUUAAACUUGACAUCAAAAACAUGAUUCCUAAAAGAAAAAAUUGAUAAAUGGUGACUUCAUCAAAAUUUAAAACCUUUGCUCUAUGAAAAAUCCUAUUAAGAUAGGAAGGUACAGACUGGGAGAAAAUAUUUGCAAACCACCUAUUUGACAAAGGAUUAGUAUCUAGAAUAUAUAAAUAACUCUGAAAACUCAGGGGUAAAAAAACCUGAUAGCCUUAUAUCAGGCUACCUUAUAGCCUACUAAAGAAAUUGAAUUUGUUAUUAAAAACUUCCUCAGAAAAACAAAACAAAAAAGGUGGCUUUACUGGAAAAUUAUAUCAACCAUUUUAAUAAUAUCAUUCUGACACAAGCUCUUUUAGAAAGCAGAGUCGGACAGAACACUUCCCAACUCAUUUUGUGUGUGACUCUCUAAGACCUAAACCUGGGAGUGAAAUUGCUAGGACAUAUUGUAUUUAAUUAAUUUCACUACGUGCUGCCAGAUUGCUCCCCAGAAUACACUAGUAUACCCAUCUACCAACAGUGCGUGAGGAUUCAUGUUUUCCACUGUCUACCCAACGUUUGUUACAUUACAGGCAAUAGAAUGCCAUAGCGAGAAUGGAUUCUGGAGACAAAUGCCCGGAUUCAAAACCUGGCUCUGAAUACUUUAUAAUAAGCAUAAAUGGAGUAUGACCUUUACAAAUUGUGAACCACUAUAUUAUGUACCUGUAACGUACGUAAUAUUGUACAUCAGCUAUAUUUCAAUUUUAAAAAGUGCAAAAAGGUGGGGGGGGGUUGACAACACUCGCAGGAUUGUUAAAAGGAUUAAAGGAGAAAACCGAUUUGAAAGUGACUCCUCCAGUACCUGGCAUAUGGCCUGUAGGAUCUGCUUCCCAAAAUGGGUUAAUCUGUUCAAUCUAAAAAGACUAAACACUCAAAAGGCCCAUGUCUCUACCUUCAGUGCUGGCACCAACCAGUCUUCCAGCAGACCCAUACUCUCCGGGGUUGGGCUAAUCGUUCAUCCAAGAUCAAAGAGGGGCCUCCUUCCCCCAACUCACAUACACCUAGAGAAAGCCAUAUUCAGUGGGGCGAACUUGAAUCCCCAUUCUAACCAGUGGCUCAGAUCCUCAGGGCCAGUGACGACUGUGCUGGAUGUUUACUAUCAUGCAGAAAAAAGUUCAAUAUAAAGUAAUGCUGUCUUAGGUCCCAUCCAAGAGGAUUUGUCAUCCUGAAGUGUUUAAAAAUACUCUUAUUCAAAAUGCCAUUCCUUGCAUGGCUCUCAAGCACAGGCUCAUAGUCAUAUGGUCUAAAAUGGUCCAAUUUUCUCUCACAAAGUGAGAAAAGUAUGUCAAGCAGAGUAAGAACUUGAAACCUGAGUAAGAGUAUACUUAGCCUAAAAUAAGA